AUAUAUCUCUAUCUGCAUAUAUUUUUUUUAUUGACGAGUUAACUUGCAUCUAUUAACACGGGAAGGUAGAAUCAGAUGUUGCAAUGUUUGUAUUAGGUAUUGCACUAAGAAAAUACUUCCAGUUCAGUAACGAGAUCACUUGUAUUCUUUUUGUAGGGAACAAAUGAGAGGGUGGAGUUUUCUUAGGUACUUAGAAAACUGUGACUCAAAGAAUCGGGCCCGCCCCUCCGAUUCAAGUGCCUUUCGCUACCUGGCGCUGUUGCAAUGCUCCAUGCAGUAACAAUAAAAAAAAAGGCAACUGCGUGAUACGUCCGAAUGUCGACAUAAGUCAUGGUUUUUAAGCAGAUAAAAAGUUUCGCCACAGUGGAGGAUUCGCGACCGAACGACAAUCAGAUGCAAAACAAGGAAAAGUAGUUUUAAAGACAUCGAAGAAGGAAAGGAGCUGCUGGCUGUGUUAUUUCAAACACCUGGUCGGUUGUCUUUGUACUUUGCUCUUCUCUGUCCGAUUGUACAAGAAGCAAGAAAAAAAACCCAACUGGAAAAUAUUGUUAUAAAGCCGUUUUAAAUAGAAGCAACACGAUGAAGGGAGGACGUGUGGUGGUUCUUGUUGUUUACGUUGCCAUUCUGUGUCCAAUCCAUGUCUUCGUUUUGGCCUUGGUUAAGGAAUUACUUCCCAGGAAAACUAUCUCUUACAAUGAGCUCGAGCAGCUGACAUCAAUGAGGAGCUUUUUCAAGGAUGGGAGAACCUUUACCAGCUUUUUGGUAGACGAAGCGCGAAACCGCUUUUACGUGGGAGCAAAUGACGCGGUUUAUGUCCUCAACCUGACUUCUGUCGACCGGGAUCCAUUUAUGAUAGAAUGGAACGUAACAGAAAGUGAACAUGUUUCCUGUUUACGAAAAGGCAAAAGAGAGUGGAAAUGCCACAAUUACAUUCGCAUCAUGGAGGUGUGGAACGAGACGCAUGUCUUUGCCUGUGGAACCUACGCGUUUGAUCCCCACUGCGCAUAUAUCAAGGUCUUUGGUCCUGUGGAUAACACAGAGAACAGAAUCACAGGCGUGGAGAAGGGACGACGAAAAUGUCCAUUUGAGCCAAUGCAACCAUUUGCAGCAACACUCGCAGACGGAGUGCUGUUUUCAGCCACGGCGGUUGAUUUCCAGGGCAAGAAUCGGGCCGUGGUCAAGAGUGUGGGGAAGUUGGAGAUUCGCACAGAGGACUCCGUCAUGUGGCUGAGCGAUGCAGAGUUUGUGGCGUCAACGUACAUCAGAGAAGACGGGGGAAGUGGCGACGAUGACAAACUCUACUUCUUCUUCAGUGAGACAGCGCAGGAGUUUGAAUACUACAAACCCGUGCGGGUUCCCCGAGUGGCUCGCGUUUGCAAGGGAGAUAUUGGUGGCCAGAAGACACUUCAGAAGAAAUGGACGUCCUUCCUGAAAGCUCGUCUGGUGUGCUGUGAUAAAAGCAACGCGAUGUGUUUUGAUGAGAUUCACGAUGUGUUUACCCUGCAGUUUGACCCAAAUAACACAUCUUCCACAGUCUUCUACGGGGUUUUCUCCACAAGAUGGGACGACCAGGAUGUCUCCGCGGUGUGUGCUUACAGAAUCAAAGACGUGCAGGCAGCUUUCAAUGGGCAAUACAUGGAGUAUAGAAGGGAUGCUGACAAAUGGAGCGUGUUCCGAGGUGAUAUUCCGGAUCCACGGCCUGGCAUGUGCAUCACGGAUCAAUUGAAGAAAAGAGGAUUCAACACGACGUUAGACCUUCCGGACAAUGUACUAUUGUUUAUUCGAGAUCAUCUUCUGAUGGCGAAUUACAUCAAUCCCAUUGGGGGAAAGCCACUGCUAAUCAGGAGAGACACACUGUACACCAAGAUUACUGUCCAGGGAGACGGUGCAAGCGAUGGCCCUGGCUCCGAGGUUUUCUAUUUGGGAACAGAAACCGGACAUUUGCAUAAAGCAGUGAUGAGUGGCUCCAAAGUUCUUGUGGUGGAGGACUAUAUCAUCUUUAAACCUGAUGAGAAAGUCCUGAACAUUGCACUACGGAAGGGAUUUGUCUACAUCGGAUCAUCUACCAGGGUAGUCCAGUUUCCCGCAGUGAACUGCAGCCGGUAUUCCCGCUGUGAUGCCUGUCUCCUGGCGAGGAUUCUAUCAUGUGGCUGGGAUGAGGAGAAGAAGGAAUGUAUUCACGACAGAAGUAGAUUUCUUCCGAGCGUGGAGUCUGACAGUCAACAAGCGAACACCUUGUGCAAAAUUACAAAAGACCAAGCUGUUCCGUUGGUAGUACAAGCGGUGAAGGGGACCACGGUUUUUCUUCAGUGCCACCCCGGUUCCGCCUGGUCGACGUGCAACUGGGCAAUAUCGAACGGCAACGUGAGCAACGACGUCAACGCGGGAGGCAUUCACAUCACGGCCACGGAGAGCAGUGUGGGCGACUACAAGUGCGUGUGUGUCGAGGAAGGUGUGAGCAUUCUUGAAGCUUUCUACAGCCUGGAGUUUGGGUCCUCGCCUGAUCCCCUGAAGAAUACAAGCUCCGUCAAUUAUCUCCUGAUGUUCGCCUUCCUGGCCCUUGGCAUUAUUCUCGGCGUGGUGGUGCACAAGUACGGCCGCCCAUGGUGCAGGAAAACCUUGGCGUCCAAGGGCGGCCGCAAGAGGGAGUACGCCAACGUGUCGCGGGACACCGCCGUUUACAGUCUGGGCACCCCCGACGAAGACCGGCCCUUGGCCAUCUCCCAGAAGAGUGAAUCGAGUUUGAACGGAACCAGUGAGAAAGAGGCGAUUUAUGCGAACAAGGAGGAAGUGAAUGGAAUGAACGUGGGUUCCCCGAGAAACCACACCAUCUCCAUUAUAUCGUGCCAGGAUGAAACCUCAAUUUAAUGGACCCACAGACGCAAGCUCUUGGCAACACGUGUCCCCAUAGAGUGACCAAGCAAUUUGCUUCACAGCUAUCUUUUUUAUUGUGUUUGUGGUGUCGCCUUUAAUUCUUCCUGGUAAGAAAGUGUAGAGUUCAGGAUACCCCCACUCCCCAUGGCUGUUGUCACGCCAGCUUCGUGCUUGGCAGAGUCCUUGCCUCCUUCAGUACACCGGGCGGGCUUUGCAACACCGUUUUGUUACACUUGCGCUGUUGAGACAUCGUGAGGGCACUCCGACCCUUAAUUAGACAACCCAAGUCGUUGGCUAUUUUUAACGCCAAA